UUCGAAUAUUAUUGUUUCUUCAAUUUAGAAGAAUGUGUACAGGUUACGUCAAUCAUUUAUAUACAGAAAUAACUUUACUUCAAUCAAAGAUUCAUUAUGGGAGUAUAUUAUUCUUUAAACAAGGAAAAUGAUUAUAUUUAUCAAAGUAGAAUUUUAAAAGGAAAGCUUACUUCAAAUAUAUACACAAAUAAGCGUAAACAACAACAUUCUGGACUAAGGAAAUAUUCAUUGAAAUCGAAUACGCGUAUUGUAAAGUUGAUCAACCUUACUACUUCUGACAAUCAAAGUAUACUGGCAUAUAUGUAUGCACCUUCAGAAGGCAAGUCGAAUAUAAUUUCACAAAAUUCUUUUGAUACAUCCAUGAAUUCAAGGGAAUGUGACUCACCUACACUACCUAAAAGAAAGUCACCAACUUCAGUGCAUGCUAAAAUUUUUAACAGUUGUGUUCCUCUCUCUGGUCUACGUCGAUCACUGUCUUUGCCAAAGCAAAACACUCUGUUAAGUAAUAAACAUCAUUCCCCUGAAUUUCGAAUAGGAAUGUCAGGUUCAAAAUAUCUUUCCAGACAUGAUUCAAAGCGUUCAGCAACAGCUGGAAGUGCUUCACCUAUUGGUACAGAGCCUUCACUCUCUUCUGGUAGCUGCUCUAAAGAACCAUUAUACAAAUGGAAAAAUACUAAAGGCAGUCAUUCAUUUCAGGAUAAACAACAUUACAAAGAGUUUGAUUUUGGUCAAGAUAAUCUUGUAUUUGAGGAAGGCUUAAAUUAUGUGAUGGAUGACCAAGCAACAAGUACAACUAUGCUUUCUAAUGACUAUACACCUUCUAUAGAUGAUUCUUCUUCAGUAUUCUACGAUCCUCUGCUAGCUAAGCUGGAAGCAGAAUUACCUGUUCCUCCACCACCUCCACGUGCUUGUCCACCUUGGCUUAAAGCUGCUCUAGCAAAACAAGCAGCUUCAAACCAACGACCAAUAGAAAAAUUAAAUGUUCAAAACAAGAAAUGUGUUGCUUCAUCACUUCCACUGUCUAAAUCUCAAAUUUCUCCAACUCCAUCCGAUUGGGAUACACCUAAAGCACUUAGUCUUGAAAAUAGUCGUUUCAAUGUACGCAUUUAUCCUAUUUUACAGAAUGGUGUAAAAAUAAGUGAUACACAUUAUUGGCUUCUUGAUCCUCCCCGAUGUAGAACAUUAAAUAAUACUUCUACUCUCGUACGAAGAGCAACUGACUGUGUACGUGUUCCUCCUUCUUCACCGUUGGACAUUUCUCCUACAGUCGAUGGAUAUACAAACAUUGAAUCGACAGAUUUCUGUCCACAAGAUGAAUUACCGCUUAAAGAUGUUAAACUUAGACGUGGUAAAUCUGAAAUUUGUAAAGAUUCCUUAAAGUAUUUUCAUCAAGAAUUAGUUUUACGCCUUAUGAAAGAAGUUCCACAAGCUACUGAAUCAGAAUGUCAAGCUGUAUUGAUUGGCAGCAGUUAUGAUUAUGAUGAAGCGACAAGACGCUUGAAAUUUGAAUUAUUAUGUCGGAAAGGUUAUAUCUCUCGAUCACAUUGUAAACGUUUAUUAAGUAAAUGUAACUGGGAUUUAGAUACAGCUAUUUCUCAAGCACACUAUGAAUAUGAGUAUCGUAAACUUCGACGUCAACAAAAAGAUGAUGAAUUGUUAACAAAUCAAGAAGUGGGGAAAUCUCCUACUGAUCAAUCUAGAAGUCGUAAUUCUUUCUUAGUACCACGUUCAUCAACAUCAUCUGAUUCCUCAGUCUCACCAUUACCAUGUUCUAUUCACCCUGAGUCUAUUAUUUCACCAUGGUGUGAUGAUAGUCGGAAAAGUAAUCCAUUUUAAUGACAACAAUGUUAAACUAUUUGUAACUUAUUUAAAGUGAACACGUUUAUGUUAUGUAUAUUUCUCAUGUUCAGAUAUUCACAAAUAAACAUACAAAAAUCAUAAUCAUUUAGCAGAGAGGAGAAAGCAUGUAUAGCGCUUAUAUCAUCUUACAUAUUAUACCAAAGGUAAAUUGAAUAUUUUUCCUUCGUCUUCUUUGUUAGUUAUUACUCUUUACCGGUGCAGUUGCCUAACAAGAAUAGUCGACAAGCCCAUCCGUUUGUUUGCCUACUGACUGUUGUCUAUUCUGUACAUCUGUAAGUAAUCUUUGGUAUUAUUAUCAUUAUUAUUAUUAUUAUUAUUAUUAUUAUUAUUAUUAUUAUUAUUAUAGUAAGGCUAUGUUAUUCUGGUCAGAUUUCUAUUUAUUCUAAUUCAGCAAACAUUCUUGUAUAAAUCAUGUAAGCGCAUUUAUAAAUUAUAAUUAUCAAGAUAAAAUAAAUUAUCAUCAUGAAAGUAAGACUGACACCUACGCAUAAACACAUUGUGGAACUUGUAUAAUUGUUCUUUUCCCAAGUAUACUUAAACACACGUAUCUAUUUUACUCUUGUUGUAUAUAUAAAAAACAAAAUCAAUAAAGACUGAUUAGUAAUAUUAAUGAUAAUAAUAAUAAUUUCAACAUAUUUCAAAUCUAGUCAAUUAGCAUGUAACCCCAUUUUCUUUUGAAAGUAUUUUAAUGUUUUUUCCACACCACAACUUGAUUCAUUUAUGUACACUUAUCAGAUUUCUUUUUUUCUGUUUUUUUUCCAGUCUUCAAUCCUUUAAACUCUUCAGUGAGAUCCUAUUUUCUUGAUUUUCUCAAAUAUUCACAUUUCUCUUGUCUAUCCUAUUAUUAUUGUCUUUUCCUCUUUGCUUGCUAUGUUAAUUUUUACCCUGCUUUUGCUAAACAGUGUUCAGCUUUUGUAUGCAGGCAUGCAUCAGUUGAUGAUGAUGGCGAAUAACAGACGACAAUUAUACUACUACUAAUAAGGGUACCAUUAUUUUUGCCUCUUGUCCUCCAAAUGAAUUACUAUAACUAUGCGUGAUCAAUCUUUCUAUAGUCGAUUUACUGUCAUCACUUCUUUUUUUUGGCAUCUUCUUACUUCACAUUUUGCUGUAUACUUGAAGUAAAUCACUUCUUUUGAUGAUUUAAUGAUAUAGUAUGUUGUUGGGCAUUUUUUUCUCUCUCUCUCUCUGAUAGUAAAGAGUAAACCAUCCCACAGAAUUGGAUUUGAAUCCAAUAUGCCUGUCAGUCAGUGUCUUCUCCUUUUAUAUGUGUAGUAUACAAUGUAAGUAAUAGCACAUACACACUCGAGAAGAGCUGAAGUGUAUUUUCAUAAAGUACUGUGUUAAAACAACAACAACAACAGAAAAUGCAACAAAUUAUGUAUAUUGACUUUGUGUCUGUUCUUUUGUUUCAGUAAUAUUUUUUCCUCAUCGAAAUGAGAAAAAGUCAAGGUGAACAAACGAAAAUAAUGUAAUAAAUAGAUGGGUGGAUAGAUUCGCUUAGGCAUACACGUUGUUAUAUACUACAAAAGAUAAUAGG